AUGGGUCGCGUUAUUAGGGCACAGAGGCGAUCGCACACUAUCUUCAAGGCGCACACCCACCACAACAAGUCCCCCGCCCGCUUCCGUGCUCUCGACUUCGCUGAGCGCAAUGGCUACGUUCGCGGUAUCGUCAAGGAAAUCAUUCACGACCCCGGCCGUGGUGCUCCCCUCGCCCGCGUAGUGUUCCGUGACCCAUACCGCUACAAGCUUCGCAAGGAGACUUUCAUCGCCACCGAGGGCCUCCACACCGGUGCCUUUGUCUACUGCGGCAAGAAGGCACAACUCGCUGUCGGCAACACACUCCCCGUCGGCCAGUGCCCCGAAGGUACCAUUGUCUGCAACGUCGAGGAAAAGACCGGAGAUCGGGGUGCUUUGGCCCGCACAUCAGGGAACUACGCUACCAUCAUCGGGCACUCCCCGGAUGAGGGCAAGACAAGAGUCAGACUGCCCAGUGGUUCCAAGAAGACCAUCUCCAGCGCUGCCCGUGCCACUAUUGGCAUCGUCGCUGGUGGAGGACGUAUCGACAAGCCGUUGUUGAAGGCUGGUCGUGCAUUCCACAAAUACAAGGCCAAGCGUUACAACUGGCCCCGUACUCGUGGUGUUGCUAUGAAUCCCGUCGACCAUCCUCAUGGUGGUGGUAACCAUCAGCAUAUCGGAAAGGCGUCCACCAUCGCCCGCUCCGCCGUUCCUGGACAGAAAGUCGGUCUCAUUGCCGCCCGCCGGACUGGUCUCCUACGUGGUACUGUCAAAGUCAAGGAAGUUUAA